UAUAAGGUUUGCAAUCUCUUGUUUGCUGGCAUUUGGAAAUCUUCUCUCCAAACAGCAAGACACCUCUUUCCUCCUUCUUCUGUGUGCCAGCUGCACCCCCCAACUCUGUCCUGCUCCUCUCCUGCUGCUGUGCAUGCUCAGGGUAAGCCUCUCCCACCCCACCCUGAGAAUAGAGAUCCCUGGCACAUCUUAUUGAAGCAUGUGUCUCCUUUCUUACACCUCAGAGCUAUGUGUUUUGCAGUAACUUGGAGGGACAGACUGGUCACUACAAGGACAGCGAGGUCCCCACCCAUCAUGCCAAUGCUAAUUGAGAGUGAUUGAUGCUGCCUCUCAAUCCCUCUCAACAAAUCUCCUUUCUAAAUACCAUGAGAAUAGUGGCUGCUGUGCAUUUCAGCACUCUGGACCAACAGCAUCUCCUGACACUGCACAUCUGGAGGCCGAGAGUGGAGGGACCUCGCAGAACAUCUGGCAACCACUUCCAGGAUAGCAACUCCUGAUUGUACCUGUGAUGCUUUUGUUUUGUUCAUUACUUGUUUAUUUACAGGAUCUACAAGGAUAAUAUGCACUUUAUUUCCCAGAAACUCCUCGCACAUACCAAGAACACAGGGGGUCCCUGCUCCAUCUGAAGAGCUUCGGAUUUGGUUAAUGACAUGGAUGAUCGGAGGUGAUGAUCUGCUCUGCUCCUGAACUCUUUGGUGCAGCUUCCAGAUAGAACAGGGGCUCAUUCUCCUAAAAAGAGAACCUGGAUAAAACACUUCUGUUGGCUAAUGAGCGCCUAUAAAAGGAUUAUAACUCCUCACACAGGGACUUCUCUUUAAUUAGGACACAGAAAGCCUUCCUUCUGUGGAAAAACCAAAGGUAGAGGAAGAUUGAUUCAUAUCAAGCACUAAGCUAAUCUCAUCUCAACAACAGUCCCAACCUUGGAACAAAGGAUGCACUUUGGUUUAUCAUCUCUGCAAUAUAAAACUUCCUUUUUAGUCAAAUUCCUUUUUUUUUGAGAAUUAUCUCUGAACAUCGAGACUGUAAUAAGUCAACAUUUGUGAAAAAAUGUGUUAAACAUAUCAGAACCAAAUAGCAACUUUUGCAAUCUUUAAAGGAACUGCUGUCCAUGAACGUGAAAGCCCCACCUACUACCAGUGAAGAAAUUUGAACUUUCAUUUCAUGUACGCUGAUCUGACGAAAUUAGACCAAUGACCUUUAACCAUUAAAUAUUGAAAGUUGGACAAAGAAUGUUGGGUUUACAUCAAUAUCCUCGACAUUACUGUAGAAAUAUAUUUCCCAGCUUUGAGCUGUAAAAGUUAACGUCUUGGAAUUACUUCAUCAAGUGAGGUCCUAACAAGCAUCGCGAUAUGUACCUGUCCAUAGUGCUGAAUCUCCACACCUUGUGGGUGGCAGUCUCAAUAGCAAUGCAGCAUGGACACUAUGAUAUGUGUAAGACACAAACAAAAUCUGAUGAAGGCAUUGUGUGGGAGUAUAUGGCUUGCCAACCAGAAUCUAAAGACAUGACACCAUAUCUGAGGGUAAAGCUGGAUCCUCCAAACAGUACCUGUGGAGACCCACCAGAACCCUUCUGUGCAAUGGGGAAUCCGUACAUGUGCAACAAUGAAUGUGACGCCAGCACCAAGGAGCUUGCCCAUCCCCCUGAACUCAUGUUUGAUGCUGAAGGCAGAAAUCCCAGCACUUUUUGGCAGUCUAUGACUUGGAAGCACUAUCCAAGACCUCUACAGAUCAACAUCACAUUGUCCUGGGGAAAGACCAUUGAGCUCACCCAAAAUAUUGCCAUCACCUUCGAGUCUGGGCGACCUGAGAAGAUGAUUCUGGAGAAAUCUCUGGAUUAUGGCCAAACGUGGCAACCAUAUCAGUUUUAUGCUGCUGACUGCCUGGACGCCUUUAGGAUGGAGCCGAAAUCAGUGAAAGACUUGACUGCAAGUACCGUCCUAGACAUCAUAUGUACAGAGGAGUAUUCCACAGGAUAUGCAGCACAUGCCAAAACCAUAUCUUUUGAGAUCAAAGAUCGUUUUGCAAUAUUUGCUGGACCACGGUUGCAUAAUAUGGCUUCGCUAUACAGCCAACUGGACACCACAAAAAAUCUGCGGGAUUUCUUCACCGUGACGGAUUUAAGGAUUAGACUUCUUAAACCAGCCACUGGGGCCACUUUUGUUGAUGAAAGAAAUCUCGGGAGAUAUUUCUAUGCGAUAUCAGACAUCAAGAUCCAUGGCAGGUGUAAGUGUAACUUACAUGCCAACAGCUGUACCUUCAUAAAAAACCAACUAACCUGUGACUGUGAACACAACACUACCGGACAGGACUGCGACCAGUGUAAGAAGAACUAUCGAGGACAGGCUUGGAGUCCUGGCUCUUACCUCACCAUUCCCAAGGGAACUGCCAAUAUAUGUGUAUCCAACAUGCCCAGCACUGUACAGGACAAAAAACGGAAGCAAACCAUCACCGCAGCGCCUCCAAACUUUGAUAGGAUAAAGACGAAUGCUUCUUUCCUAGACGUUGCAAACAGAAAGCAAGUUUUUCCCAAAAUAGCCCACUCUACUGUGCCACCUGCUCGAGUUUCGAGUCACAAGAGAGAUUGCUAUUGCUACGGGCACUCCAGUCGCUGCACUUACAUCGAGGUUGUAAACACGGCGGUCUGCGUGGGCUGCAGACACAACACUCGUGGUCAGCAGUGUGAGAAGUGCAAGAGAGGUUUCCACAGAAAUGGGUCUGCAAAACUGGAUGAUGUAAAUGUAUGCAUAGAGAAUGUCUGCGACAAUGAGUUGCAUCGUUGUCAAAAUGGGGGAGUUUGCCACAACAAUGUGAGGUGCCAGUGUCCUCAUGGUUACACAGGCAUAAUGUGUGAAAAACAGAAGUGUGCGGAAACUGGGGGUUGCUCAUCUAAAUCUGGACAAGAAUCUAUUUCCCAUAACAUCUAUCUGACCACGAUGAUAUUGGUAGCUCGACUCUGCACUUUAUAAAGAACAUGAAUAAUGUAACUGCAGUUUCCCAUAAAGGAUAAAUGGGAAAAAAUAAUAUAAAGGAUUAAAUAAAUUAUAAUAAAAUUGAGAGGGCCUGACUGUACUAAGCCAUAUGUAUCAAUUUGUGAAUGAGAGAUCCAUGACUGUUAUGAUUCUGGCUCACAAGAUGGCUGCCUCAAGAACUGCUGCCAUGGUAACAGAACCAGCUAUAAGGACCUUCAACAGAUAGAAGGCUUUAUCAACAUGGUCACUUCAAGCAGAACUGCUGCCAUGGUAAUUCCAGGUGUAAGGACCUUCAACCCAAAUGGAAGGCCCCAGCAAGAGAGCUUCCUCAAGCAGGACUGAUACCAUGGCAGGAUGAGAUGCAUUAUUUGUUUGCCCUUAAAAUUGCUCAAAGUGAAAAGGACAACAAGUAUUUGUUUGCCACUUCCACAGGGUUAUUGUACCUUUCUGCCCAGUGUGUGGACCAACCAAAUAGCGUCAUUCUUUGCUGCCAGUGCAUUAUGGGUAUAGGAAAGCGGCCAUAUUGGUCCCCUGAUACCCUUACACCUGUGCUUUUGUGAACGUCGCCCCGUAUACCCUUGUUGGUUGAAAGAUUUUAUUUGUCCAAUGUUAGUGGCGCACAUAUCUCCCUUCCUUGGCCCUAUACCCUUUAAGAGAGUACUUGUAUAUCAUAGAUACGCCAUGAUGAUAAAAAUAAGGCGUGUGAUAUCUAAUAUGAGAAAAGGCUAGAGAUUAAGCAAAAAUAAAAUGUAUUUAUCCUUUUGUAUUCAAAUGAAGUUAUUUUUCUUGAAAUAAUGUAAAAUGUAGAUUUUUUGUAUUAUUGCAAAUCCGUGUUUAACAGACAAUCUAUUAAGUGAAUUUCAUCAAAAUAUCAGAAAAUAUAUAUUUUUUUUUUAUUAUUAUUAUUAUAAUAAUAAUUUUCAUUACUUUUUAAAUUCUAUAUAAUUUACAUUAUAUUGUAUUACUCAUUUUAACCCUUUGACGGCUAAAGGGGCUUAAUGUUCCCUGGGUCUCCUACGGCCGUAAAUGGGUAAAUUGCUCAGAAAAUCUUCCUUAGGGAGCGUGUGCUGGUGUAAUGGAAAGCCACAAGUUUACAUAUACAAGACGUGUAAUAAUGUUCCACCAAAGGAAAUUAUAAAUGUUUUCUUGUUGUUUUAAAACACUGGAGGAUUUCAAAGGAAUAAAACAUAUCUGAAAACGA